GCCGCGCCGUGCUUUGUAAUCCAGAAAACCAGCAUGGACCUCCUCUAGUCUGUAGUCAGUCAGUCCGCUCCGCUCCGCAAGGCUGUAUACUAUUCUUGUCGUGUGGCCGAACGGUCGAAGUCGUCGAGCGGACAUCCUCAACCGAUUCAGCCCCAUUUCUCGACACAGGGCGCAUUAUUAUGGCGGCACAAUCUUCAAAAUUGAGCAUUGAACAGCUGCCGGACGAUGUGCUGCUGGAGAUAAUGAGGCACCUCGGCCGACAGGACAUCUUCACCUGCCGCCUCGUGUGCAAGAAGCUGGGGGCCCUGGCGCUUCACCCAGACGUGUGGCGGCAACGGGGGCUCCACCUACAGUUCCCAAGUGAAUUCGUUUGGGCCUGUCCAGUACUGCGUCUGGCACCGUGCCUGGACUGGCUGGUUGCCGAGCUACCGACGGAGGGGUGUCAGUUGGCGUACACCAUUACCAGGUGUGCUGUGUCAUGUUUAAACCUGGAUGUACAACCUAGUGGCUCUACGCACGCAGCUGCGAUGAUCCGCAACCAGGAGGCGCUCGGCCGCCUCAGGGACCUUGAAGUAUCGAUGCCACCCUCUCCGUCGGCAGUGCUGCUUGGAACGACGGCGCUGGCGUCUGGCCUGGAAAAGCUCACUGUUACUGGUAUAGUGCAUUGCGCACCGAACACCAUGGCGAGCGUCCUCCAGCACCGCGCCGCGUGCACGCCAUCCCUCAAGUAUUUUAGCUGCGAGAGGAGUACCUCGGAAGCAGAUCCUUUUGUCCAUUUCGUGCUGGCCACGCACGCUGCCACCCUGGAGGACGUCAACCUCGACUCCUGCUGCCACUCGGAUGAGAGGGGCUGCCCGUACUCGGCCGCGACGGUGCCCCUGCUGGCCGAGAUCGUGAACCUGCGGUCGCUGGAGUGCCCGCUGCUACCCGGGCUAGAGGCGCUUGCUGCGCGCGAGUCCCUGACGACCCUGAUCAUCAACGUGUGCGAGUCGCCCGAGCGCCCGGCCGUGAUGGGCGCCUGGCAGCUCCUGCGCCGCGCCAAACAGCUCCGCGACGUGACGCUGAUCUACAUGGCGCCUCUCGACAGUGGAGUCGCUGACGUCGGCGGCGAGCCCUUGGUCCGAGCCCUGGUCUCCUCUGGACCUUCCCGCCUGGAGUCGCUGACGAUGGUCACGACGGGCAGCUUCGACAGCCCCGAGCAGCGCCUCUCGCUGCUGCGGCCGGUGCUCGGCGUGCUGCCCUCGCUGCCGGCCCUGCGUACCCUGCACCUGGACGACGUGUCCGACGAGCUGCUGUCGGGCAUCACCCCGGACGCGGUCCCGGCCCUGGAGAGGCUCGUGCUGCGCCCGCUCGGGGCAGCGCGCCCGGUGCCCCGCCAUUGCGCCCAUGCAUGGUUGCACAAGGACGCCGUCAAGAAGCUCUCCAUUGGUAUACCCUCGCUACAAUUCCUUGUCGUACCUUCCGUACCGAAGAACUGUCCUGGAGACCGACUUUGUGAUGCGUGUGCGCUGGACUGCGACUGCGACGUGCGCCAGUGGGUUAUCAAAGACUCCCAAGUUGGCUCCGGAGUUGGCUGUUAUCCUUGUACUCUUAUGCAACGUAAUAAAUGUGAGUAACCACGCAAA